UAAUUAUAGCAAAUCCUCGCAUUGCCCCGUCCCGCUAUCCAAUUCUUCUCCCUCCUGCUCCACCUCCCCCCCAAAGUCGAUAUUCGAGAACAGUUCCCGAUCGAUCAUGGUGCCUUGUGUAGCUUGAGAACCGAGGAAAGGCUCAACAUUUUCGUUCAUUUUCUGACGGAUAGCCAAGGCGCCCACUUUCACGCUCGUUCAUUAAAUGGAGAGGAACCGUACCCUCGAUCUCAGUCUCUUCACUUCCAACACCUCUCCCUCCUCUGGCAGAUGCUAUCAGAACUUAUCCAGGGAUGAUCCGUGGCAUGUAUAUCAGCAGCAGAUAACCAUUUUUCAUAACGGACGAGCUUGUUCUUUCGAUUUAACAGAACUUCAGGCAAGAGCCAUUUUAUUACUUGCGAGUCGGGGGAUGGGAGGCACAACGACAACUAACAAAACGCGUCAUCUGGAAGCUGCAACGGUCCCCUUAAAGGAAGGGAGUCGAUUAUAUGGCCCUCUGGCAGGUCUCUCGAUGAAGAAAUCUCUUCAAAGUUUCCUCCACGAGAGGAAGAGAAGGGCAAAAGCUUCUUCUCCGUACGGCCAAUAAUCAGAUGCUACUCAAAACUUAUAAAAAGAUUUGAACUCAAAAAAAAAUUGGCCCAUCCCACCGUUUUUUGGGAUUUGACGAUGACAUUCAUCGUAUACUAAGCAUGAGACGUUUCUUCUCUCAUGUCAAUCUGUCCAUCUUUACACCAUUGCCAUCACUUUUAUAAAGGUUCAGCAGCGCAUCAUAAUCGACUAUUUUGUGUCAUGAAGAAAGUUCAGUGGCCCAUCAUUCGAAUCGUCUUUUGCAUUUUGAAGAUUAUCUUCUUAUGAAAUGAUCACAAGUCGAGUAUGGUUUAAUUAAUUAUAUGUGAUUCCUGGGGGAUCAGGAACCGUUGUUUCUCUA